CAUUUAGAAAACAACACAAAACAAUCUCUUCCCCGCAAUUGUAACCUCUUAUUGACGCAGACUGCACCCCCAUUCCCUGAUGUUCAAGUUUUCUCAUCAUCAGAAUACACCCUUUUCAAUCUUCAUCUCUCUUCACACACACAUACAUCAAACACUUCUAUCAACAACAACAAAAGAGUGUGAGAUGUUGUAAAUUCUCUAAUAUGUGUCUUUGAUUUUUACAUAUAAAAAAACAACACACACUUCUACCAAAUUUUGCUCUAAAAAAAUACAGUAAAAUAUCUUGCUUAUCAAAUGUGCCAUGUCAUCCCAAUUCCCUAGGGGUUUAUCUGUCUUUGAUUGAUGAGAAUAUAUAUAUAUAGUCCCUCAAAGAAGUUGAAUAACAAGAACAAAAAAUGGGAAUUUAUAUCUCACAUAUGCUAGUUUCCAAGGAAACUCGCCCUCUUUAGUCUAUUUCUUCUUCAGCCAUAGCCUUCACCUUUACAGCAAAGAUAGCUACAUUUUUGCUGUAUAUAAAUAAAAGCAAAGCAAUACAGUCUCUAACCACAAAAAACUCACUAACCAUCUACAGAAAACUUUUCAUCAUCAACCAUUAUGAGGAUUACUAUUAUUUCUAUUACUCUUUUCCUCGUAAUGACCAAACUCCUUGUGGGGGCAGAAUCAAUAAGCAGAGCAGAUUUUCCAGAAGGGUUUGUCUUUGGAACUGCUUCUUCAGCUCACCAGUUUGAGGGAGCUACUGAUGAAGGAAACAAAGGAGAUAGCAUAUGGGAUACUUUCUCAAGAAUACCAGGGAGAAUUGUGGACUUCAGCAAUGCAGACAAGGCAGUGGAUCAAUACCACCGAUUUCAGAAUGAUAUAAACUUGAUGAAGGAUUUGGGAAUGGAUUCUUACAGAUUUUCCAUAUCAUGGCCGAGAAUUUUUCCAAAUGGAACAGGGGAACCCAAUAAAGAGGGAAUAAAAUAUUACAACAGCCUCAUUGAUUCUUUACUUGAAAAAGGAAUCCAGCCUUUUGUAACACUAUAUCAUUGGGAUCUUCCACAGAUGCUAGAAGAUAAAUAUGAAGGAUGGUUAAGCUCACAAAUCAUAAAAGAUUAUGAGCAUUAUGCCAAUACAUGCUUCAAAGCUUUUGGAGACAGAGUUAAGCACUGGAUUACCUUCAAUGAGCCUCAUAACUUUGCACUCCAUGGUUAUGAUUUAGGCAUUCAAGCACCAGGAAGAUGUUCCCUUUUGGGUCAUCUUCUAUGUAAGAAAGGAAAAUCAUCCACUGAGCCAUACAUUGUUGCUCAUAACAUUCUCUUGUCACAUGCUGCUGCCUAUAGAAGCUACCAACUACAUUUCAAGGAACAACAAGGAGGUCAAAUAGGAAUAGCACUAGAUGUCAUUUGGUAUGAACCUAUAACAGAACUUGAUGAAGACAAAGACGCAGCAGCAAGAGCUAUGGACUUUUCACUUGGAUGGUUCCUUGACCCACUUUUCUUUGGAAAAUAUCCUCUCUCAAUGGAGAAACUUGUAGCUAAGAGAUUGCCGGAGAUUUCUGAUACAGCCUCAAAAUUUCUUGUGGGAUCUUUGGAUUUUAUUGGCAUAAAUCACUACACCUCAGUCUAUACUCGUAACGACAGGACUCGGAUUCGUAAACUAGUUAUGCAAGAUGCUGCUACUGAUGCUGCUGUCAUUACAACCGCAUACCGAAGAGGAUCUGCAAUUGGAGAAAAGGCAGCUUCAAGUUGGCUGCACAUUGUUCCAUGGGGCAUCCGAAAGUUGGUAAAACAUGUGAAAGACAAAUAUGGGGACACGCCAGUAAUUAUAACGGAGAAUGGAAUGGAUGACCCAAGUGGACCCUUUAGGACCUUAGAAAAGGCCUUGAAUGAUGACAAGAGGAUAAGAUACCAUAGAGACUAUCUCUCAAACCUAUCUGCUGCUAUAAGGGAAGAUGGUUGCAAUGUACGUGGUUACUUUGUAUGGUCAUUGCUUGACAAUUGGGAGUGGAACAUGGGAUACACCGUACGGUUUGGACUCUACUAUGUGGAUUUCAGGAACAAUCUUACUAGGAUACCAAAAGAUUCGGUGCAAUGGUUCAAAAACAUGCUCAGAAUAGAGACAGAACAUAGUGAAAUUUGAAUUGCUUUAUCAUAUAUCAAAUUCAUUUUGUAAUUGUAUAGUUCUUUGAAAAUUAAUGAAGGAAGUGGCAUCUAAAAAGGAGUGAAAAAUGUUAAUGAAGCCAACAACUGAGAAGGAAGAGAGAAGGAGGAUAACGUGUCAUUCCUAUCUUUCAUCUCAACUCCAUGAGAAAUUAUUAGGUAGCUUUAGACCAUCAUGUGUUCAUGAUUCUUGCCAGUUUCUAUCUGAAUUUGAGAGUAUUCAAAUUUUUCAAGUAUCAGAAAAAUUAACAAUUGACUAUGUAUUAUUCGAAGAUUGGUGUGGAUCAUAUAUGUUA